AUGUGGAAGUACCCGCAAGAAGAAAUUGAUAUUUGGAGUGACUUCGGAAAUUUAACUGGGCUUUCUCGAUACCUGGGUGCAGACAGUGUCCUUGAUCACGUGGUAUUCCUAUCUAUAGAUGUAUCACAAGCGUCAAUGUGUUUUGAGAUAAAUAAAUCAACUAAAAUAACUCUAUCAACUCCACUGAAGCGGAACAAAAGUUUAAGCGAUCCCGAGAAUGAAGUGAAAUCUUUCUCUUUCAGGAGACUAUUAACUAAUGAAAUUAUGCGAUUAUCCACACAGGUGCCCAGACCGGAUGGGAAACCGGAUAAUCUUGGUUUACUUGUCCUGGAUGAACCAUGUGCCAAUCAAUCGGAUCCGACUGUUCUCGAUUUGCAUUUACGUGCUCUGUCCAAACAGUCAGCUUCCAAAAAGAUGGUAAGUGUCUUUGAUCAGAUAGCCUUGAAAAAAACCGCGGUAUAUCUGAUAAUUUUAUUAUAG